ACGGGCUGUCCCUUUACCUCGGCCCGGCAGGGGCCGUGGGGCGGCGGCGAGGGAGAGCGGUCCCAGGAGGGCAUUUCUCGAAGGCAGCGGGGCCGGGACCCGGCAGGAAAUGGAAGGAUGAAGUGUGCAGCCGGAGCGGUGAUGUUCCUUCUCUCCUUGCUUUCCCCCGCAGAAACGUAAUCCGCAAUGCUAGUUCUCAGGUUGCUCAAUGUUGUCGCUCCAGCCUACUUCUUGUGCAUCUCCCUAGUGACCUUCGUCCUCCAGAUCUUUGUCUUCAUCCCCAGCAUGUUCAGAGACCCUUCCACCACCCCACUUUUCUCGCCUGCUCUGCUGCAUGGGGCCCUCUUCCUCUUCCUCUCAGCUAAUGCCCUGGGCAACUACGUCCUUGUGAUCCAGAACUCCCCCGAGGACUUGGGCAAGGACUUAAACUUGGGCAAAGGAGCUGAAGUGGCAGACUGGCUGGAUGGAAGCAGGUCCCCUGGCUCAGCCUUGCCCGGCACUCACUUCUGUAGACUGUGUGCCAGAGUCACCCAGAGGCAUGACCACCACUGUUUCUUCACAGGGAACUGCAUCGGGAGCAGGAACAUGCGAAACUUCAUCAUGUUCUGCCUCUACACCUCCCUGGCUUGCCUUGACUCCCUGGUGGCAGGCAUGGCUUACAUUUCUGCUACACUUUCCAUGUCCUUUGCGGACCCACUGGCCUUCCUCACUCUUCUGCCUCACUCCAUCAGCCAGUUCUUCUCAGGAGCUCUCCUUAGCUCUGAGAUGUUUGUCAUCCUCAUGCUCUACCUCUGGCUUGGGAUUGGACUGGCCUGUGCCGGCUUCUGCUGCCACCAGCUGCUGCUGAUCCUGCGCGGGCAGACGCGGUACCAGGUGCGGAAGGGAAUGGUGGUGAGAGCCCGGCCCUGGAGGGAGAACCUGCAAGAAGUCUUUGGCAAGAAGUGGCUGCUUGGACUUCUCAUCCCUGUGCAGAAUGUGGAGAGUAGCUACCGCAGGCAGAAAGAUAAAUAAAUUCCGUGUGUGUGUGUGUGUGUGUGUGUGUGUGCAUC